AUCGUGCGUAGGCUUUGUUUGGAAGGACAAUAAAGCCAAAACCUACACUUUUUAUUUCCAUGUAUAAAUCUUUUCAAUCUAGCAAAAGCAAAACCCUCCCCAAAUUAGUAUUUACACACACAUAAGCAAAUUCAUCCAAGUACUCAAAACUUUCUCACAAUUACCCCAACUAGACCAAACACAAACACAAAAUCUCACCUUUCCAUUCCCUCUCAUACCCUCCUUUUUUUAGUCCUAAACAACACUUCAUUUAUAUAUUUCCCCACAAAAACAUAUUAAUGGAUCAAGACCCAUUCGCAGCAAGCCUAUUCAAGUGGGAUUACCCAAGGAGCACCCUUGCGGCCGCAUCGGCCGCAGGUGCUCCUCAGCAUAGCACGGCACAAGCGGCAACCUCGACUCUUCCGCCGUACUUUGCUCGAGGGCUGAUAGGGACGAGGGAGCCUGUGGGGAUCCCCGGAGUCGGAAUGGGGAUGGGAAUGGGAAUGGGGGUGGGUGUAGGAAUGAGUAUGCAGGGUUUUGCGAUGGGAAUUCCAGGAAGUGCUGCUGCUGCUAAUGCAGGUGGAUCAGGAGCAAGUUCAGGUUCUGGUGGAUUGGAAGAGUUAUUCCAAACGUACUACACGGCGGCGAAAAUAGCCGAGAUGGGGUUCACGGUGAACACACUAGUGGACAUGAAAGAGGAAGAAGUGGAUGAGAUGAUGAACAGCCUUUCUCACCUCUUCCGUUGGGACCUUCUUGUUGGAGAGCGUUAUGGUAUCAAGGCCGCUAUCCGUGCUGAGAGACGCCGUCUUGAGGACCUUGAGGAGUCUCGCCGCCAUCGUCACAACCACAUGAGCCUCUCCAACACGCCACCGCCCGACUCGUCCCACCACCCUCUUGAUGCCCUCUCCCAAGAAGGACUCUCAGAGGAAGGAGUACAUGAGAAAGAGGUAGUCGGAAGUGGCGGCGGAAACUGGGAAAUGGUGGGAGCACCACCUACACACACAAAUCAGGAUCAUCAACAAAGGAAGAAGCAUAGGAAACAGCAACAUCUCCAAGCAAGAAACACGGUCCAAAACAUGAUGACCUUAACAACUACUAAUAGAAAAUUAGUAGGGCAAGAAACUGGUAGGAUGAUUGGGAACCAUCAUAACAACAAUAGUAACAUCGAUGAUGACUUGGACGAGGAGGAGGUGGAUGAUGAUGAGGAUGGAGGAAGAGGUGGUGGCAUUGGUGGCGUUACCGAAAGGCAAAGGGAGCACCCUUUCAUUGUAACCGAGCCAGGAGAAGUAGCGCGAGGGAAGAAGAAUGGAUUGGAUUAUUUGUUCCAUUUGUAUGAGCAAUGCCGUGAUUUUUUGCAUCAAGUUCAAACCAUUGCUAAGGAACGUGGCGAAAAAUGCCCUACUAAGGUAACCAACCAGGUAUUCAGAUUUGCGAAGAAAGCGGGAGCAACGUACAUCAACAAACCCAAAAUGAGGCACUAUGUGCAUUGCUACGCUCUCCACUGCCUAGAUGAGGAGACAUCCAACGCCCUGAGACGAGCUUUCAAGGAGAGAGGAGAAAACGUAGGUGCCUGGAGGCAGGCCUGUUACAAGCCCCUUGUUGCAAUCGCUGCACGCCAAGAAUGGGAUAUUGAUGCCAUCUUCAACUCCCACCCGCGCCUCUCCAUUUGGUAUGUCCCUACCAAGCUCCGCCAGCAUUGUCAUGCCGAGCGCAACUCUAGUAACACGAGCAACUCCAUCUCUGCUGGUGCUGGGCCACACCAUCUUCCUUUCUAGGUAGUCUUUUGUAGUUGUGCUAUUUCUUGUAACUUUUGUGGAAUCAGAUCAUGUAUGGUUCAGAACUUGAAAAUCCUUCUCACUCAUUCUGCUGACUACUAAGGCUUAUCGAUUUAUCUCCCUGAAAUUUGCUUAA